AUCGAAUAGUUCAGCGGGCUAUUGGAAAUUACGAGUUUAAGCGAUGUUGGCUGACGGUUUCCCCCCAGGUAAAAUGGAUUGUUCAAACGGUUGUCCCAUCUCGGAGAAGGUACGCUCUAUCGUGUACUGGCGGCAACCAAUUGUAACAGGCGUCAUACUGACUCUCUUGUUGAUUGUCGAAUUUAGUUUUAUGUGUCUUUCUGCAAUCUCCUUCAUUGCUUAUAUCGGAUUAGCCCUUCUUGUUUCCGUCAACUUAUUGCGUAUGUAUUAUCACUUUGUGGCUAAAACAGAAAAUAAUUUUGUCAGGGAAUAUCUAGAACGAGAAAUCACUGUGCCACAAGAUAAAGCAGAGAAAGUUUCUCGACGUCUCACUGAAGUUUUAAACAAAGGGUUAACACGCACUAGAGAAAUAUUCUUACUCACGGACCCCGCCGCAUCUGUGAAAUUCGCUGUACUGUUAUAUCUACUGACAUACAUUGGUGCACAGUUCAACUUCCUAACUUUAUGCAUACUAUUCACUUUUGGCGUCUUUUGUGUGCCGAAGUUUUAUGAGCGCUACCAAGUAAGUUUUUCCCCCAGAAAUUACAUAUAUACCACGUAAUGAAAUUAUUAACUAAACUAUGCAUGUUAAUAUGUUUAUUAUGUGCCUGAUCCUACGUUGUAGCUUACUGACUGAGUAUGUUUAUUAUCUGGUGAUCGACGUAUAUCGAACAAUGUGAUGUUAAACUUUAUCUCGUUGUGAUUUCGAGUUGUCAUUUGAUCGCUUUUAUUUCUCAACAUCUGUCAUCCCUCUUGGUUGAGCUCAUUUUACUUAUAUAUUUGAACACAUAAACAUUGGUACAAACGGUCACCGAAUACAUAUGCGCCACACAAGUCACUUGAUUUGUGUAUGGGCUGUGAUACUGCUCGGGUGCUAAGAUCGAAGCAGGUGGUUUUCUUCCGAAGCCUUCUACCUAAAGGUCUUAUCCACAAGGCAGUGGAGCAACAUCAGGAGAUGUAGUGGCAUAACAGCCGGUGACCAAUAACUGGUUCACACACCAUUUGUUCCCUCAGGAUCCUGGAGCCCAUGUGCACCGUUUGUUUGGAAUCAGUGUUUUCCAACUCCCUUAGGUGGAUCCUCCAUAUCCACCAACCCAGUUAAAGCGCCGGACAUUCGCUUUUUGUAAACAACACCCCCGCCGUGAGAACAUUCGUUUACCAGGUACAGAUCCGUAUAUUUAGUUUCGAGCCUCACUUUGUGUGGAGACCAGUGACACUACCUCGUUGCUCAGACUAAAAUAGGUGGAGCAACCUUCGAACCUGGGGCUUGUCAACUGAAGCUCAAAUGUCGUAGCCACUUCAGUUUACAAUAUUUCGACGUUUUACCCAUAUUACGUUAACCGUCUUUACUCUUUUGUUAGUUUUAAUUGAUUCAUCAUAUUUACGUUUCUCCUCAAGGACAUGAUCUCUUGAUCAUAGUGUAUUCCUAGCACCCAUCAUUAUAAAUAUACCUAACCCAAAGGUUUUUCAUACACUAUCUAAAUAUGACUUAUAUAUAUCUCUUUGUUACCUAAAUUAUGCCGUAGGUUUAUAAUGCACUCAUCUAUUAAACUUUUGGGUAUUUAGAGAUCUUCAGAAUCCUCUGUUUCAAAUGUAUCGCGACCAUUAUUCAGAGAUGUUCAUAUUUCAUUCUUUUUACUCAUGGAUUUAAUAUGAUUAUGAACUUGUGCUCACAAAUGUAGGGAAUAACAGUCUAUCCGAUGAUUCCGUCUGUCCAAUGGAAAUUAUUGCUAUAAUUGUAGAUUUAGCUGAGCUUUUAUGGUAAUACAUUAUUAAUUAGUUAUACUCGUUUUCAUCUGAGAGAUUUUCUAUUUACAAUAUUUCUGGUAUGAAGCAGACUUCGUCUUUAAGUUGAAGUAUUAUUUUCUCAAAAUAAUUUGAACAAGUUGAACUUUGAAUUCAUUUUGUGUCAGUCUUCCUGUUUAUUGAUAUAAUGGUAAUUUUCAGAACAUAGUUGCAGGUUCAAGGAUUCUUUUCACCUAGUUCAGAUUUAGAGAGCUAGAUACUAUCAUUAGCAGCAUGCACACAUAAAAGCACUUAGUUCGAAGUUGAGUACAUGUACCUAGACUUAACACAUAAGUUAUGUUAACACUAUUUUGUAAUGUUGAUUGCAACAUAGUUUACCAGAUGCGUUAAUUCUUCAUCGUCUAGAUUUUGUAUUCCAGUACUUCGUUCCACCACACCAUUUCAUUCCUUCUCGAACCAUAUUAUCGCUGUUUAUUCCCUCCCGUUAUAAUUACUUCCACAUUAUUUCCAUUUCUUUUGAAUCUAUCUUGUUAGUUUCAUUUUGUUUCUUUUCUUACUUUGUCUUCUCCCACAUUCUAAGAUUCUGCAUUCCUUAUAAACUUUGCUUGUUUGUUUAUUUCACUAGUUUAUAUUUUUUGGGAUUACAUCUCCGAUCUUUCAUGUUUUCUAUUACCACUUAUGCUGUUACUACCUCUACUAUGGGAUUUGACCUAAUAAUUCCAUCUGUCCGUGCUUAUGCGGCAUGGCCCAUUGAACCGAUGUACGUACGCGCCAGGUUCUACGUUGCGAAUGACUGUCUGUCUUUCUGAUGUGAUGUGUCAAUAUGUCACGGGCUAUAUGUUAAUUAUUACUGGAUGACUAUAAAAAAGUAAUUCUCCAUGUUUUUUGAGGUGGUAAAAACUCUCUUUUUAUUUGUGAAUUCCAGCCGGAAAUCGAUAAAAUGAUUGAGCUAGCGAAGUCAAAAGUAGAUAUGGUAUCAUCACAGUAAGUCACUCUUUCACUGAUAAUAUUUUGAUGAUUUCAUUUUAAAAUUAUUGUUUCUGUCAGUUCCUAUUUUGGUGGAAUUGUUAUGUAGUCGAAUUCUGCGCCAAAUUUAUUGAUUUCAACCAUUGGUUCAUUACAUGGUUAAUGUCCAAUGUAUUGUAAAUAUAUCGGUUCACUAUUGGUCUGAAGAAAAUCGAUUCACGUUUGUGAAUAGCUACCGUUUAAGUAAAUUAAAUUAUGUAACAGUAAAGUUGAUCAUUUUGUAGCGAUCACGAUAACUGUAAUUAGUGUGAUGCUGAGUAAUUUUCCAUCUGAAUAUGGACAAUGUGUGUACUAUUUCUUCUUCCACUGGUAUUUCGAAGGCAGAUUUUAAAUAUGAGUUCUUUUUUCACUAUUCUUGCUUCUCCUGAUUGAUACUUAGAAAUUAAAUUAAUUGCAUCAUCACAACAUAUGAUAUCGUUCUAAAACAUUCUUGGUGUAUCAUUUAACUGUAAUUGUUUACACCAGAUAUUUCUUUUAUAUAUCUGACAAAACGAAACCCAUUUUGAAAACGAGCUACAAUCUGAUGAUAGUCUGGCAUCCAGCAGUUCUCACUUUUUUCAUCAAUUCACCUUACUGUAUAACCUUUAUCCUUUGGCAUCGAUGGUAUUUGUUCAAUACCCGACAUGGUUGAACUACCCACCGGUCACGGCUUCUCGUUAAAAUUUUGGGGAUUUCUUGUCUACGUCAAACACUAAUAAGCCCACUGACUAUUAUUAGUACUAACCUUAAAUGUAUCGUCAUCAGACAUGUGCUUAUACCUAUCGUAUAUGAAUUGUUUCAAGUGAAUAUCCCUUUAUAUGCAUAGUGAAUGCUUGACUAAUUAGCUUUUUUUUCGCAGGGUUAAAACGCAUCUCGAAAAGUUACCAAUUAUUGGUGGUGGUCGAAAGGAAAAAACACAAUAAGUUGCCUAUUUUCCAACUACAAUGAUCAUGCCGAGUCGUUCCAAGUUCUAUGAACAACGAUAAAUUUUUUCCAAAGCUAACUUAUAAUAAUUCUUUUUCUUAUAUAAAUAUGACAAAUGAAACUGUAAAGCAUGUAAGAAGUAUAAUAGUUUUGUGCUCUUCCUCUCUAAUUUAUAUUACGUAAAUUUUUUCUACCAAUUUUCAUACUUCAUACUUUUAUGUUUAAAUAAAACUAACUCCUUUCAAACCUCGUUAAUCAUCCCGUAAAGAGAAAAUUUGUGUUGUCAUAAAUGUUUGUCGAGAUGCUUUUUGUAGUUGGUUUCUGCUUCAAAACCCCAAGUUUAUUUGUUGGUGUAGAAGGAAGAGGAAAUUGGAUUGCAAGAACUGCUCAUUCUUUUGUUUAACUGAUCAGUAUUCACCGUCAUCAUCAUCUCUUCUUUUUUCCACUGUGUUUAGAUUACUAUUUAUUGUAAUAAAUUUCUGAUUUCUUUCCUUUUACACCAUUAAACAAAAAAACUUCCUAUCAUAUUAUUUUCAAGCGUUUCUUGGGAUUUUGUUUUCGUAUAGUUAAGCAAAACUUUGUACCUAUGCUAAUAGUGUUUGCUUCUAGCUAUACACAGACAAGCAGAUUCAGUCAGUUUAGCGUACUUUCUUUGACUUGUGUCGUUACUUCUCUCCAUGAUGAACCCCAUUUGUUGUUGUUUACAGUUUUUACUGUCUUGUUCAUCACUUCUUUUUGCUGGCUUCAUUUAUAUCUGGUUAUUUGUUAUUUUACCAUGUAUCACUCGCCACUCAAAUGUGUUGUUUUUUUCCCGUUUUUUGCGAAGAGCAUUUAAUGACACAUUAGUAAUAACACACUAUUGAUGUUGCAUUGUUAUACUGACUGUUCGACUGGUUAUUGUUAAAUGCUGAGUGAAAUGUUGGUCUUUUUUGUAAGCGUUUUUUAAUUUGCAUAAUGCGUGUUCUCAUUCGAAGCCCUUUACCAAAAAUAGAUAUGGUUCAUAAUUUAUUGCAUAACUAGUGUUGUUGCUUCUUUAUUAGAAAAUAAUCUUUUAAUGUUAGUCUUUUUUGUACCCUGUUUAAUUAUGCUUACUUUUAAACUUCUCGGCUUAGGUUAUUUCAACUGGUGUCAUGUAGUACCUGUUUGUUCAAAAACAAGAAUGGAAUUAUUUGUACUUGGAAACAAAUCCAUUUAUUUACACUCACAGGGAUUUAAUGAAUUACAGUAUAAGUGGACAUAUCUGGAUACUUGAAGAUGUGUACAAGUAUAUUUAUUUCUGACGUCUUGUUGAUGAGCAUAAUUCAAUUUCCUCUUUCAUCUUAUUUGAUGUUUCAUUUGAAAAGUUGGGUUUUUACAGUGAUAUGUCCUCAGAAGGCAUGUAAACAGCUUCAAAUGAUCGAAAUGAAAUCUCCAGCGAAAAUCAUGCGCUGUUAUACAGUACCCACCCACUAAACAAAUGAAAAAGUGCCUAGAAAUACUAGAUAUAAUACUUUUAUUUAACACUGAAAAAGGUUAGAUAACCUAACACUGAUGAAUUUCUGAUUGAACUUUGAUAUAGCCGAUGAUGACUAGAGUAUUAAGCUUCAUUUAAUUAUUUGAGGAUUUCUGUAGUUUAUCGUUAUUUAUCAAUAAUACAUAAGAUUUAGCGCUAUCACUGUUUGCUGUAUUGCAUACUUCUAAUUCUGACUUAAUUUGUAUAAACUAAACUGUCCAUCCAGUGAAAACCAAUCUCGUAUUAAACUUUACAAAGACAUUGUAUAUUCUGACUGAAUUUAUUUUCUUGGCUUCUAAUAUUCUGCAUAUUUUAAAAACAAACUAAUUAAAAGGACAUUUCUGUUUUUCAAAUGUAAUAUUAAAAAUUACUGAGUUAAUUAAUAUGUUGCACUUGUUAAUGUUUACAUGUUGAACUUCAUUUCUCUUGUAAGCCAACAGGAUUGGAUAACAUGUCGA